UGAGCGUGUUGGUUUUGCUCCGGUCAGUUCAGUUUGUUCAAAUAAAUAUCGUUUCUGAGUUUCAAGAGUGAUUGAUAAAAAUAUUUCAUUACGACAACUAACUUGUCAUUGAAAUUUAUUAAAUAUAACAUAUACGUAUAUAAAUAAAUAAUGGCUGAUGAGGAUUUUGAUGCAGAUGAGGUCGCAGAUGAUUUUGAUGAUGUAGAUGACGAGGACAAUAUCGAAUUAGAGCCCCAGGAAGAUGAUGGUGAAAAUAUCGAGUUGUUGAAUGCUAAUGAAGCUAGUGGCGGAGUUCAAAGAUCAAAGAGGAUAACUACAAGAUAUAUGACAAAGUAUGAAAGGGCUAGAGUUUUAGGUACAAGAGCACUACAGAUUGCAAUGUGCGCUCCUGUAAUGGUAGAAUUGGAAGGCGAGACAGAUCCACUGCAAAUUGCUAUGAAAGAAUUAAAACAACGGAAGAUUCCCAUAAUUAUACGUCGUUAUCUGCCUGAUAAUAGUUAUGAGGAUUGGGGGAUCGAUGAAUUAAUUAUAAUAGAUCAUUAAUCUUAAUUUAAGUUAUAGAAUUAGAUUUUGUUUGACUGUAUGUAAUUAAAAUUGUUUUAUACAGCA